GAUGCAGGAGGUUGCCGUUGAUGACGCCUCGGUGAUAGAGAUACGAUAGCGCACCUGUUCUUUCACGCACUUGGGAUGUGGCAUGAACAAAACAGGGCUGAUCGGGAUGUGUAUAUUACUCUACACCCUCUCAACAUGGAAGCUGGGGCAGCUGUCAAUUUCCACCGGUAUCACCUGUAUGAAACACGGGAUAUACUUUACCUUAAUAGUUCCAACGUCAAAAACUAUACAGGACAUCAUCUGCCGACUCUUCCGCCAGGUUUACUCAAGUCACUGAUAUGGAGAAAUAUAUGUUUUCUCAUGGCGACUGUUCUGAUUUGACAUAUGACAUCUGUUCCCUACUCCACAUUGGACCAUAUGCUUACUCUAAAAAUGGCGAACCUGUCUUUUCUCCUUUGACAUGGAGAGGUCCAUGGGGAACAGAUAUCCAACACGACAUGAAUGUACUAGCGUGCAUAUAUGCUUUGCAUUAUGUAGCGGAAUACCACUUCACUGGCUGUUUUCCACCAUCAUCCGUGGUUCAGAUGGAGAAUGGCAGGUCCAAAACCAUUGGGGAGUUGAUGAUAGGUGAUACAGUGAUGGUCAUGGACGAGGAAGGUCGGGUUUCCUUCAGUGAUGUCAACCUGAUGAUGCAUAAACUGGACCGAACACCCGUAGAGUACAUAAUACUUGAAAUAGAAGAUGGCCUUACACUGACAAUGAGCAAGGAGCAUGUGGUUUUUGUGAGCUCAGUUUGGAGCUUUUCAGCAGAGACCCGCAUGGCGUCAAAGGUUGAGAUCGGCGAUUAUCUUUUCCGCCCGGAGCUGACGAAUGGAUCGUUUGUUCCUGUGAAAGUGACAGCAAUUAGAAAGCAAGUCAUCACAGGGGCAUAUGCACCGACGACUCUGGCAGGAAACAUUGUCGUGGACGGGCACCUUGCGUCAUCCUCUGGGAUCAGAAUCUGGCACAUGGCUUCUUUCUUCCUUGGCGGAUCAGGUACCACAUGUACAAUACCAUAUUUGGAAAAUCACUCCAAGAACCCGCCCCAGGCUUUCAUUGGUCACUGAGAGCCUUUGUGUCGCUCUACUGUCGCAUUGUUGACGACAAGCUUUGUGAUGAUCUCUUGAACGUGUGAGAUUUUGUAUGUAUUCAUAAAACAUAAAGCCACGAGCAUGAGCAUAAAAUCA